AUGACAAAAAGCAUAACUUGUAAAUCUAAGGAGUGGAUAAUUUUCAAUUGCGACAUUUUGUGCAAUUCGAAUCCUGGCACAAAAUUAAAAGUAAGAAAAUUACAAUCGUUAAAACUAUGCAAAUCGGAAGAACUGUUGAAACACUACGAAUUGGGAAACAUAAUCGGACAGGGAUGUUUUGGCGUUGUUCACGAAGCCGUUAAAAAACAAGACAACAAACCGUGGGCAAUUAAAAUAAUGAAUAAAUCUAAAGCCGGACAAAGCAGGUUACAACAGUUGCAAAGAGAAAUAAACAUAUUAAAAAGUGUUCAUCACGAUCACGUGAUACAUUUAGAACAAUUAUUCGAAACGCCGAAUAAAUAUUUUUUAGUUAUGGAAAAAUGUCACGGUGAAUUAUACGAUUUAUUUAUUAAAGAAAAACAUUUGACCGAAAACGAAACGAGAAUAAUCGUAAGGAGAUUGGCGGAUGCUGUUGCGUACCUACACAAAAGUGACAUUGUUCACAGAGAUAUAAAGUUAGAAAAUAUUUUAAUCGGUACAAAUCCAAACGAUCCGAAUGACCAUUUGUACAUCAAAUUGACAGAUUUUGGAUUGUCGGCAGUUAAAGGAAACGGAGUGGAAAACAUGUUGAACGAUUGUUGCGGGUCCCUUCAAUAUAUGGCACCUGAAAUAAUAGAAAACAGACCGUAUAGUCAACAGUGUGACGUUUGGAGUAUAGGAGUUUUAGAUUAUUUACUAUUAUGUGGUCUUUGGCCCUUUUAUUCAGAGAAUCAAUGCGAACAAGAAUUAUGUACACUCAUAUUAACCGAAAAUCCAGAUUUCACAGGUUGGGAAUGGCAAAAUAUAAGCAAAUCCGCAAUUAAUCUCUUAGAAAAAAUGUUAGUUAAAAAUCCAGCGUUUCGAAUAACGGCCGCUGAAAUAUUAAAUCAUCCAUGGAUAAAGGGAGAAAAAAGUACGGUUGAACAAACGGAAACUCCGAACAUUCUAGAACUUAUGAAAAUGUGGAAUACGGAAUCCAAAAGAGCAACUGUUAAUUCAUUAUCGGAUCCACAUUUCAUGAGUUUUGCAUUUCAUCAUUCUGUCGGCAUUUUGUUUUUUCUCUCUUCAGUAAAAAACAUUAAUAAUUUAAAAAAUGAUAAUAUGAUUUUACAAACAUGUUUGAAUCCAAUAAUUUUGAUUUGUAAAAAAAACUUUUGGAAAAAAAUCACACGAGAACGUUACUCAUCCUCUUUCCCAAUCCUAAUUACCUCAACUACGUCACGUCUCGGCGUUCUUUGCAAAGCGCUGCCAGGUGUAAAAAAUUGUAACUAA